AUGACGUACAUUUCCACAUUCACGGGAGCAUACGAGCUGUCCGCCUCACACCCUCUGUGGACCAUCCAGCCCCUCGCUACAAGCACACUCGAUUCAAAAACCGCUGAAUCUGCUCAGUCGACCACACGUGCCAGUGCAAGCGCCCCAGUGCGUGUGGAGGUGGGAUGGGGCUCCAAGGACGAGGGGCCGCUCUUCUAUGUGGCCAGCUACGCUCCCACUGCCUCUAAGCUGGAAACUGCUUUGGUGACAGGCAGUGGCAGAGUCGAGGACGGGGAGGGCCGUGGGGUGGAGGGGGCGACAGUGAUGGUGGAUGGGCUUUCAGUGGCUGUGACAGACGCUCUGGGCGACUAUUCCUUCACAUUCCCCACCUCCCUCCUCUCAUCUGCACCCCUCCACCACCCCCCCUCUGCAACACCCAUCCCGCCUCCCACUCCUCCCACUCCGCCCCCUCCUUCCCCACCUCUCCCCACCACUCACACCAUAUCAGCAGUCCGACCCCUCUAUGUCUUCCCAACCCUUUCAAACAUCACCCUCCCUCCUGCUCCUGCUACCGCCACUGCUGCUACUGAUGAUGCCAAAGCCACCACCGAUGCAAGCGAAACAGAAGCUGCCGCGCUAACUGCCAUUUCCCUGCCGCCCAUCCGUGCCACCCGGUAUGCGCUGUGCGGGCGCGUGGAGAUGGACCCGGUCGGCGAGUCGUCCUUUGUGCCGUGGCGGCGGGUGGAGCUAAGCCGAGCUGGCGAUUUCGACGGGUCUCACAUGGACGGUUCUCAGGACCCCAGCUGGGGGGCUAUCAGCAGCAUGAGUUCAGGAGGAAUUAGCAGGGGCAGCAGCAGCAGGAGCAGUGGCAGCAGCAGCAGCAACAAGGGGUUGAGAAGGCAGGAAGCGAGCAGGAGUGUGGCUCCAGUGAUUGCAGAGGCGGACAAGGAUGGCCGGUUCUGCUUCAUGGUGCCACGUGGCAGCUACCAAUUGGUGCCUGAGAUUAGCCCAGAUGAGGUGGCAGCAGGGCUGGUCUUCUCCCCCUCUAUAGAGGAAUCCGUUACUGUCACAUCUGCCCCCGUCACAAACAUAGUCUUCAAACAGUCACACCUGUUCAUAUCAGGCAAGGUGCGGUGCCUGCAGGGGUGUGACUCAACCGUUUCAGUCACACUCUGGGCUCUCACAGACAAUGGGGCAGAUGAACGGGCAGAUGGAGAGACGGAGCAGCAGCAGGGCACGUUUUUACAACGGGUGGUAGUGGGAGGAGGGGAGGGGGAGGCAGGGGGGAAGGCGGAAGGUCAGUGGGGAAAGGCGAAGGGGAGAAGGAAGGUAAAUGAGAGAGGGGAGGGGAAGGGGAGGAGUGCAGUUGUGGUGGAGGAGAAAGGGACGGUCGGAUCAUUCUUCUUUGACCGUCUGCUGCCUGGGUCAUACCGAAUUGAGGCUCGUAAGACUCCCGCCACUGCCACCGCUCUGCAGAGCGACGAGUGGUGCUGGGAGGAGGAGGGCCGCACUGACGUGGCGGUGUUUGAUUCGCCCGUGACGAACGUACAGCUGGCGCAGCGCGGGUGGCGUAUGGUGGUGCGGGCGGCAAUGGACGACAGGUUCACGUUGACUCACGGGGAAUAUGACCCCACUGACUUCUCUGUCUCGCCUGGAGUGCAGGAGUUCUGUGUGGAGUCCCCAGGAGAGUACACCCUCGCCAUGUCCCACGCCUGUGCCUACUACGGGGCUCUGUCUUUCUCCUUCCACACGCGCCAGCCCCAGCCCAUCAUCCUGACUCCCACGGCCUAUCGAGUCUCUGGCCCCGUUUUCCUCAACACCUCCCUCCUCCCGCCAUCGCUCUCCCACCUUUCUCUCGAAGCAAGCAUUGUCGCGCGCAUCAGUGGGAAUGGCGGUGGGGGUGACAGCUACGGCUCUCUCUCAGUGCGCCGCCCACCAUCCAGGGAGGACCCUCUGGCAAUUUAUGAGCAGGUGAGGCAUGGUGGGGCAUGGUGA